AUGCAAAUGCUGCCGGAGGCGAGGGGGCACCACCGGAGCGGCGGCGGCGUCGGAGGCGGCGGUGCCGGGGCGGGAGGGAGGGCGGACGCGGCGGCGCAGGGGCACUACCGCGGGGUGCGGAAGCGGCCGUGGGGCCGGUACGCGGCGGAGAUCCGCGAUCCGUGGAAGAAGACGCGGGUGUGGCUCGGCACCUACGACACCGCCGUCGACGCCGCGCUCGCCUACGACCGCGCCGCCGUCGCGCUGCGCGGGCCCAAGGCCAGGACCAACUUCGCCGGCGGCCACCUCGCCCCGCACCAGCAGCAGCAGCAGGCGUGCCUCCUGCGUCCCCGGCCGCCGGCGCGGCCCUUCGGCGGCCGCCUCGACGUCGCCCACCCGUCCCCCUGGCACUUCGUCUACUUCCCGUCCAGGCUGCAGGAGUUCCUCGCGCAGCCGCUGCCGGCGCAUGACGGGAGGAGGGACGCCGCCCCGUCGCUGCCGUCCACGCUGCUGGAGCUCCGGACGGGGCCCAGCAGCUGCCCCCAGUUCGACCUCAACGAGCCGCCGUCACUGAUGUUUGGGUCGUGAUCUCUUUCGCCGCGCAACGGUGUAGAGCUCCAGCUUCCAAGUGUAGGAUCAUGGUAGGUACUACGUACGUAGUGAGCAUGUAGAGGUAAGUUAGCGGGGUGGAGGAGAAGACUCGUCCGUGUGCUGUGUACAUAUACUGCUCUGCCAUUUUAGCAAAAUUUCACCUUGUGUCGCCUUGGCUGGUGUUCGUUCUUGCUGAUCUCUUGCAGUUCUGGCCUCCCUUGGUGGUGUCUCUUUGCAAGACACUUUAACCCGAGACUUGCGAAAUGCUGUAAAAAGCGACUCACUUGAGUUUUUAGUGUU